AUGACUGACAUUGGCCAUCAUCACAGUGCCUUUGCUUCGGAGAACAUGACCUCCGCCCUCCUGGUGGUUGGCACAGCCAUUUUCGCUGUUUUGGUCGGCGCGAAGCUGCUUGGUGGCAGUGGUAAAGCCAGAAAGGUCUUGAACCCUACCGAGUUCCAGAACUUCGUCUUGAAGGAGAAGAAUGAGAUUUCUCACAACGUUGCCAUCUAUCGCUUUGCCCUGCCCCGCCCCACCGACAUCCUGGGCCUGCCCAUUGGUCAACACAUCUCUCUCGCUGCUACCAUUGAAGGCCAGCCCAAGGAGGUUGUGCGCUCCUACACCCCCAUCUCCUCCGACAAUGAGGCUGGCUACUUCGAUCUCCUCGUCAAGGCCUACCCCCAGGGUAACAUCUCUAAGUACCUGACCACCCUGAAGAUCGGCGACAACAUGAAGGUGCGCGGCCCCAAGGGUGCCAUGGUGUACACCCCGAACAUGUGCCGCCACAUUGGUAUGAUUGCCGGAGGAACCGGUAUCACCCCCAUGCUGCAGGUCAUCAAGGCCAUCAUCCGCAACCGCCCCCGUAACGGUGGCAACGACACCACCCAGGUGGACCUGAUCUUUGCCAACGUCAACCCCGAUGAUAUCCUGCUGAAGGAAGAACUGGAGCAGCUGGUCAAGGAGGAUGAUGGCUUCCGUGUCUACUAUGUGCUCAACAACCCCCCCGAGGGCUGGUCUGGUGGUGUUGGAUUCGUUACUCCUGAUAUGAUCAAGGAGCGCCUCCCUGCACCGGCCAAGGACAUCAAGAUCAUGCUGUGCGGACCUCCUCCCAUGAUCAGCGCCAUGAAGAAGGCGACCGAGUCUCUCGGAUACACCAAGGCUCGCCCCGUCAGCAAGCUCGAGGACCAGGUGUUCUGCUUCUAA